CGCCCAGCGUGCAUCUGGAAGCCCCAGCCCAUAGCCCAAAGCCCAUAGCCCCAACUCUGAGCAAUGGCAGGAAGCUCCUACCACUCCCAUCUCCUCUGCACUCUCCUCCAGGCCGUCAUCUGAGCUCCUGCUCCUGCUCGGCUCAGCUGCUGCUGCUGUUUACUCAACGCCGCCUGGCAGCUCGCGCUUGCCGCACGCUCUGGAUUAUCACACACACAUGGGCGUGCUUAGAUGCACACACACAUGCACACACGUACAUAUACUUCUUGAUUUUUUUUCCAGGACAUCUUUUAUGAAGGAGUGGGAAUUGAUUUAUUAAUUUUUGACGUUUGUUGUGUUUGUUGUGCGGAGAUAAACUUAGUGAAGGGUUCAUUUUUUUGCUUGCGAUGGAUCACACACUGUUCGGCUGCCUGCGCGGCCCCCACGCUCCUCCGCAGGCCCUGCACCCGGCCUUUGCCCUGCACAGCCGCUCCGAGCACCUUUCAGCCUACCCUGACCUCUCGUCCUCUUCUUCGUCCUCCUCUCCCUCCUGCGUGGUCAGCUGUUACCCAGGCGAGGAUGGGCUCUUCGGAGGGCAUGGGCACCAGCGUGGACCCCCGAUUACCCAGCAACAUCACCCUGUAACACCCCAACCACAGCAAGGCAGCUGGCACAUACCCCAAAUGUCCAGUGUGUCAAAUAGCAAUGUGCGCUUAGGCCUGGGAAUGGCAGGGACGGACUCGGGCUCCUCAGAUAUGGUACCUGGUGGCCCGAGUCUCUGUGCCAGUACACCCAGUCUUGGUGGAGCCGUGCCCUCGGGGGUCUCUUGUCUGCCUGGUGGGGACUUUGGGCGUCAAACGCUGUCUCCAGCAGAGGCAGAGAAGAGGAACGGAAAGCGAAGGAGUGAUAGUUCAGAGUCCCAAGAUGGAAAUUACAAAUCGGACACGAGUAGCAAGCCCCGGAAGGAGCGGACCGCCUUCACUAAAGAACAGAUCCGGGAGCUUGAGGCAGAAUUCGCCCAUCACAACUAUUUGACCCGAUUGAGGCGUUAUGAAAUAGCGGUAAACUUGGACCUGACGGAAAGGCAGGUGAAAGUGUGGUUUCAGAACAGACGGAUGAAGUGGAAGCGAGUGAAGGGUGGACAGCAAGGGGCGGUGGCGAGGGAGAAAGAACUGGUGCAUGUGAAAAAGGGGACUUUGCUGCCUUCGGAGUUUUCGGGCAUCGUCGGACUCCACCACAGAGCAGACUCAUUGAUUAACGAGGACAGCCAUGACAGCGAUCAGAGCUCUGAGCAUGCUCAAUUAUGAUAUGAGCAUGUCUGAUUUGCCCCUGAGAUGCGAAACUGGGGUCCUAUCAUACCCUAGUGCUAUCACAGUUGCUAUUUAUGAAGAGGAGCCACAUAUUGGGUCAGCAGUCCAGGACCUUUAAUCCCCAGGGCUGCAUUACAAAUCACAACUGGAAGACCUAGAGGACUAGAGGGAAUGUCCCUAUAAGGAUUUUUGGUAGCUGAUAGCUGAAUGACAGUGCUCAAAAUACAUGCGCAUAUGUACAAAAGACUCAUGUUUUAACAGACUUAUGGUUAUGUGAAAUAUGCGCAUGUGCUUUACAAUAAAAACAACAACAACAAAGUGCCUUGCUGUAAAUUAACAGUUAAACACAGUUUACAAGUGGAAUAUUGUAGGAGUUGGGAAGUAUACAUACAUUACAUGCCUACAGGUUUUAAUUAAAAAAGGAAUGUGGGACUUGUCAGUGUUACAACGUUAUUUCUAAUUUGGUCAAAAUGUUGAACAUUCCAUAAAACGUGCCUUGUGUUACAAAGUGGAUCUAUGCUUUGGUUUGCACUGUAAACCAUCAUUCAUUUGUUUCUACUGUAUAUUCUAAAAGUCUCAAUGUAUACAAAAAUAGGAUUCAACUCAACUUGUGGGAGAAGCAAAACCCCCUUUACUUUAAGUUUUAAAUUUGUGUAAAUAUCAGUAUGACUAUUUUCUUACCACCCAUCUCACGUCUGCUACUUUCAUCAUAAAUAAAAAUGUUGCUGGCUUUUCUUUCA